AUGACCGAGCCCGCCGACGUCAUCUCCUCCUCCGAAGUUGCGCCAACCUCGACGACUCCGACCGAUGGCGAUGGUAAUGCCGACAGCGACGCCACGGCGCUCACGACCACCACCUCCACCGACGACAAAAAGAUCCUGAAAAAGAAGAAGCGGCGUCCAGCACGGGCGCAGGUGGACCCGGACACGUUCAAGGGCGGCGAAAUUCCCGCGCAGACCGGAACCGUCUUCAACAUCUGGUACAACAAAUGGUCGGGUGGAGACCGCGAGGACAAGUACAUCUCCAAAGCGCACGCUGCGGGCCGCUGUCAGAUCGCCAAGGACAGUGGAUACACCAAGGCGGACAAGAUCCCCGGGAGCUACUUUUGCCUCUUCUUCGCGAGGGGGCUUUGUCCGCGUGGAGCCGAGUGUGAAUAUCUCCACCGCCUGCCGACGGUGCAUGAUCUGUUCAAUCCCAACGUCGAUUGCUUUGGCAGAGACAAGUUUAGUGAUUAUCGAGAUGAUAUGGGCGGUGUGGGAAGUUUUAUGCGUCAGAACCACACGCUGUAUGUGGGCCGCAUCCACGUGAGCGAUGAUAUUGAGGAGAUCGUGGCGCGGCACUUUGCGGAGUGGGGUCAGGUUGAGAGAAUACGUGUCCUGAACUCGCGCGGUGUCGGCUUCGUCACUUACUCGAAUGAGGCCAACGCGCAGUUCGCAAAGGAGGCUAUGGCCCACCAGUCGCUGGACCACAACGAGAUCCUCAACGUGCGCUGGGCAACACAAGACCCCAAUCCUGUCGCUCAGGCGCGUGACAAGCGCCGCGUCGAGGAGCAGGCCGCCGCCGCUAUCCGUGCAGCGCUGCCGGCCGAGUUCGUGGCGGAGCUUGAGGGGAAGGAUAGGGGCGCGGCGAAGAGACGGAGGAUGGAGGGCAGCUUUGGGCUUAGGGGAUAUGAGGCGCCGGAAGAGAUUUGGUAUGCUAGGGGUGAGGGUGCGGUUAAUCCUGCGGGAAGGAUUGAGAACGGAGAGGAGAGGUUGCUGCUCCAAAGUGGUGAACAACAACAAGCUGGAGGGAUCUUCUCGAGUUCUGCGCUGGAGGCACUGAAGGGGCUGAGGGAGGGUGGAGGAGCGAGGAUUACCAGUAAGAAGGAGGAGGCACCGUCCGGUGGCGGACUGGGGCUGGACUAUGGCAGUGAUAGUGAUUAG